UCAAGACAGACGGUGUAACUUUUUUUGUUCAAUCGUCAAAUCGUGCUUUGAUUUUGUGUGCUUUUUAGAAUUUAGACCAAAUUCACCGUGAAACCAUUGUGAAAACCACGUCAGUGUUAUUUGGCUGAACCAUUAAAACCCCAAAUCCCACAAUGGGGCUGGGCGACAAUCGAAUACCGGAAGACAAACUUCCAUCGUGUUGGUCGGACGAUGUCCGUAUGAAUGCACUUUUUGCGCCUUUCCGACUAAAGUCUGCCAACCCUGAGUCUUGGGAGAUGAAGAUGAAGUUCUGGUCUGAUAUGCUGCGGCAGUGGUGCCGGCAUAAGAGCGAUCCGAUAGUCUCGGCAGCCGACGCAAGGGUUGCCUUUCAUCGCAAGGGUCGAACUCCCGCCUGCCUUGAAAUAGUUAUCGAUGAAUGCUUCCAAAAUGGCGAGGUGUCUCCCAUCUCCAAAUAUCAGCAGAUCCUCCACAACGGGCCCGAGGGCUGGGUGCGUUGGGGUGCCCGCAUUGCCUUCAAGCCAGCAGCUCUGGCGUUCACAGCGGUAUCAUUCCUGAUGCCCGGCAAGGCAACUGUUGAUAGUGAUGGACUGCCAAAAGCUAGUAUUGAUUCUACACAACGAUUUGUGUUGGAAAGUGCUGUUCAGGAGCAAGCAACAGACCUCCUCCACAACUUCCCUCCGGACGCUGAACGCAUCGGGUCCAUCGAGGAGCUGAUGCGGGGCGCGGGCUGGCCGCCGGCGCGCAGGGAGACCUUCGAGCUGCUACUCGGGUACCUCGUCAGCCAGGGGCUGGCGGUGAAGAAGGACGAUGUUGUUAAACUUGCGGACUCCCCCAGCUCAAAACCCGCCCCAGUAUCAGAGUCAGAGCUGGCUCUGUGCCGGCUGGGCGCCUCCGAGCGCCGCCUGGCCGAGGAGCUGGCGCGGCUGGCGCGCGAGGCGGAGCGCGCGGGGCAGGACGCCAAGGCACUGGCUACUACCGGCAAUAGACUAGCUGCCAAAACAGUCCUCCGUCGCAAGCACACCCUACUAGCCCGCGCAGAGAAAUGCGCCGCCGCUCUAGACAACGUGCAACAACUGGCCAUGACGAUGAGACAGGCGGGGACGGAUGCGACUGUUGUGAAUACUUACAAGAUGAGCGCCGACGCGUUGAAACGCAACAUGAAGGAGGGUGGCCUAGACGAAGACGCCGUGCACGACACCAUGGACGACUUGAAGGACGUGCUAGACUCCUACGCCGAAGUAGAGAAGGCUCUGUCCACCACCGUGGACGACGUGGACGCGGCGGAGCUGGAGGAGGAGCUGAUGCAGAUCCUCAACUCCACCAACCAGCCGAGUGGCGGGAGCGCCGAGAAAGAUGGCGCCUUAGGCGCCGCGGCGGCGCCGGCGCGGAAAGUAUCUGAGCGAGACUUCAUCUUCGACGGAGAAGAGCGGGUGCUGGCAGAACUUAAUGAACUGGGCUUGGACGACAGCCCUAGGGUGAAAGAGUCCAUCCCGCCAAGGAGCCAGCCGAAGAGCCAGCCAAAGGCCAAGCCAGUCGCCGUGGCUGAGGGCUGGACCCCACCCAAGACUCAAGAACCUGCCCAGAAGCCCACAAAGUCAUGGUACCCUCGUGAGGUUGACUUCGCUCUGGACAGUUCACUGGACAAGCUCAGCCAGAGCUUCUCGGAGCUGAGGACUGACGACCGACUGCAUCCAGGUCAGAAGCUAGACGUGCAGUUCCCCGCCCCCUCCAACAUCUACAGCUCCGAGUUCACAGUCAGAGACCACACGCUGCGCGACGGCGUGUGGCUGUUCAACUGCAAGGAUACGGAUACUAAUACCGGGGGUGUGGAGAAUGACACGGUGGAUUACUUCAGCGCAUCCAGCCCCGGCAAAGCGCCCUCCUCCUUCCAAAUGGCUCCGGGCGGUGAGCGGAAACCCUCCCUCGCGUCGUGGACGCCCGAAGAACAGGCGGAUACCACCCCAGACGACCUGCAGCGGCGGCUUGACCACCUGAGGGGCUUCUUAUAAUGG